UGAGACGGAACAACAUCGUACCGCAGACGAUAAUGUUUUCUUCAAAUGUUACAUUAUCGCCAGCGUCUUUCUGCCUUCACGAUAGCUAUUCUGUUUCAAAAUUGUACUGUGUGACUAUUGGGAGAAGGAUAUCGGGGUUUACGACAAGCCAACACACCUAAUUUUAGAGUUUACUCACUCUUGAUGCGCUGUGCAAGAUGGCUGCAGUGUUUUGGUCAACAAGUGAAGUAGCUGUUGUAAAGAGGCGUUUGAGGGCGCCCCACCCUCCUCGGAGAGAGGAAAUAGCGUAUUGUACAGUGCUGUCAGCAGUCAUGGGACUUACGCUGACGUAUAGAUAAGAGCAAUGCAAAUAAAGUUGUGUUUUCUUACUUUAAUUUAAGCGUUAAAAUGUGAAUCCGAAUGUGAUUUAUAAAAUAUGUUAGACAUGUUGCAGUUCCAAGGGACAACAUUACUAUUAAGCUAUUUUCUGGUAUACAGUUUACAUUUCCGUAGUAGUCACAGCUGUGAGGAAUUUGAGGAACUUGAAUGGCAAAUAAACUAUUAUAUUGUUGGAUACUUAUUCAGAUAAUAAUGUAAAUGUGAAACAAUAAACCAAAAGGAAAUAAAUUAAUACAGUAAAUGGAGAUGGAAAGAAAAGGAUAUUGAUACAACUAUUUAACAGGAAAUACAAUUAUCAUUUUUUCAAAUUUUACACUUUCAAUUUCUUUUUCAGUUUCCUUUCUAACAUGUAACCAGGCUUUUAUAUGAUUAUCUUGAGCAGUGCACAAAUAAAUACAUUUAAUAGUAAUAAUAAUAUAAAAUGAUAUUCAUAAUAAUAUGUAUAUUUUACAUGUUCUCUUUUAACACUGGAUAACAUUUACUCUAUACAUAUUGAUACAUGCAAGUUACAUGGUAAAUUGCUCAAAGUUGUGUCUCCAAGGGAGUAAAAUAAAUGUACAUUGUAAUAAUUAAUUGUUUAUAUAACUUUGUGCUUGUCGUGACGACAGGGUGUCCAGUUUUACUAAGGCUGCAAACUCCACAGACUCGCUUGCGUCACAUUUGCAUCUUGAUUACUUAUUGUGGCGUACCCGUCUGGCUAAAGAAACGAACCCUUUUUACGGGCAUGUGGGCCAUCAGCAAAGAGGUCCGUGCGUCACUAGCAAUCUUAAAAAGCCCACAGGUGCCUGCUAAUUGCGGAUACAACUGAUCAGAUCUUGUCUGAUGUGUGUCGUGCUUUAAUGCUCUGUGAUUGAGAGGCUCCUUUUCAAUUUAGAAACACAUUUUUGCUUUAAAGAUGAGCUCCAGAGCAGGGACCCCUUAUAUUGGCAGUAAAAUAAGUUUGAUAUCCAAAGCGCAGAUCCGGUAUGAGGGAAUUUUGUCGUCUGUCGACACGGAUAGGUCCACCGUUGCGCUAGCCAAAGUUAAAUCCUAUGGGACAGAGGACCGGCAUGCACAUAGACCAGUGCCAGCGAAAGAUGAAAUUUAUGAAUUCAUAAUCUUCAGAGGAAGUGACAUCAAAGAUAUCACUGUGUCCGAGCCUCUGAAACAGCACCAUGGACUGCCUCUGGACCCUGCUAUUUUACAGUCAUCCAUGAGUAGCUCUUCACCUGUGUAUCAACCCCGGUGGAGUUCAUACAGAGACAUGAUGCCCACCUACAACCAGUUGGCUGCUACAUCUCUACUCAACCAGCAGUACAAUUCAGCACUUGGCCUAGGACUUCAUGGCAUCCCAGCCAGAAGAGCUCCCAUGGUGGAGCAGGCUGUCCAGACCGUUCCUUUGGCCGGGGCUACCCAAAGGGCAAAGGGGAAGGCUUCAGCCCAGCCACAGGGAAAACAGCCUGUUCGACCAACACAGCACUCCGGCCAGGUUCAGAAGGAGAACGUACCCAUCAGUCGGACACCAUCUCAGCCAAGUGCAGCCAAGGGUCAAGCCCAAGAUGCUGAAAGCCAGAAACAAAGGCAAAACCGAGGCAACAGGAGGUCUAGGAACCGAAGCAGAGGCCAACUUCUGGUGACAAACUCUAAGGCCACCACCUUGCAGUUUGAGUCUGAUUUUGAUUUUGAAACUGCAAAUGCUCAGUUUAAAGAUGAUAUCACGAAGACAGUUGUGGUCGAAAAUGUAGAUUCUGUGGAGGCGGAGGAUAGCCUGGUUCUGCAGGAGGACGAGGACACUCUAGGAGAAAAGUUCUACGACAAAGCCAAAUGUUUCUUUGACAACAUUUCUUCAGACCUUAAGCCCAAGAGAACCACCUGGGCGGAGGAGAAGAAAAUUAACAUGGAAACAUUUGGAGUGCCUGGCCGCAUACUGAGAGGCAGAGGAUUCAGAGGCCGAGGACACAGAGGACAGAGCACCUCUGAGCAGCGACCCCUCCCAAAAAUUGGUAGUGGGAGGGUGUGAAUGCAUUAACUUUUUCUUUUUGUUAACAUUUUCUGUAAAUAUUGUAGUUUUCUACUUAUUUAAAAAAAAAAGUACCUUCAUUUUUCCCCUAUUGGAAACUAAGAUUUGUUUUAUUAAUCCCAAAUGAGCAUUCAGGGAAUUUUGUAAUUUGAUGCUUUACUAUAUGAAAUGGGAGCAAUUUAUUUUACACAAGCAGCUGCAUGCUAGAAGCAAAUGUAUUAAUUGUUAGGUAGUCUGGUAAAAGACAAUGUAGAACUUGUCUUUUCAGCAGGCAAAUAAUUUUGUUUUUGCUAAAUUUAGGAAUUUCGGUCUAAUUGACUGACCAAAUGCAGCGCCAAAUUUCUUUUUGGAGGACAGCUGUACUUUAUUUUCAUCCCUACUUGUACAAAGGGGACUGUGGAGGACUUUGUAACAGUUGCUAAUAAAUAACAUAUGAUUAACAGAA